GAGAGAGAGAGAGAGAGAGAGAGAGAGAGAAAUAAACCCUGACAGCUGAAGGGUUUCGUUACACGCCAGGAAACCUGCCGAGCCUUUAAUAGCACAAGUGCGACAAAAAGGAGCGCGACUUGCACUAGAAAUCCCUCAUCUAUCCCGAGGGAACCAGCAGAACAUCUGACCAGUAGCACUUUAGAAACUGUCACUGUAACUUACAGCCCUGGUGUUGAGCUCGAGCUGAACUGUUUGCAUGGAGAUCUUUUUGUUUAUUUCUACUCAUCGGUGUCCCGUUAUGGAGAUUAUGAAGGUGGAGAACCUCCGGCGUCUGCUGCAGCUACUGCUAUUAAUGUAACUGCUCUUCAUGCAUUACUCCAGGACUCCAUGGAGAGGGUUUUCCUCAGACUUUUACACCACUUUUAUUUAGUAUUAUUCAUUGCAUGUACCUGUGAGCUGACACCAUGCUGUUUUUGAACACUAAUCUUCGCUUGUAACUGUGUAUCAAUUAAUAAUGUGAAGUUAGAUGUGUUUUAAAAACUCUUUUUAUUGUAAAUGUAUUCUAUUUAUUACAUUGUCAUAUCACUAUUUGCCUAUUGCAAUAAUGCUUAAAGCAUUUUGUGCAUACUUGUUGAUGUAAAAUAUAUUUAUAUAUCGCAUUUAUUAUAUAUUUCUAGAGCUACAUGUACUUAUGCACCUGCUACACAAUGUAAUCAGUAGUGCAAACAGUUAAUAACUAAAAUAACAUGUAUUCCCAAUAAUGUGAAUGCUGCUUCUUCGAGACUGAUGGAUGCGAAUAAACUUGAGCGUCACCGCCAUGGGGUGCAUGCAGAGUGCGGACGCACGUUUUUACGAAAACAUCAGAGUCCUCGAACUGAACACUUCGAUCGAUUCUAAACCUACGGUCAUUGACGAGACGUCCGAAGUAGUUUUGAGGUACCGCACACCCUACUUUAGAGCUGCUGCCCGGGUGCAGGUGCCACCAGUGGUCCGUAAAGAAAUCUGGACAGUUGGCUGGAUCCAGGCCUGCAACCAAAUGGAUUUCUUCAAUUACUAUGGCAAAGAAGGAAUAUCAAGCUGGGAGCUUCCUGAGCUGAGAGAUGGACACAUCCAGGCCAUCAGUGAUUCAGACGGUGUGAACUACCCAUGGUAUGGCUGUACCACUGAGAUUUACACCAUCGUAGGGCCCACCAAGAGGAGCACCACCCUCACUGUGAGCAUGAACGACAACUUCUGCCCCAGUGUGACAUGGAGUGUCCCCACAGGUAACACCAGUGUCCCACCACUUUUGAGCUCCAUCCAAAGGGACCAGCGCUUCACCACCUGGUUGGUGGCCAUGAACGAGGCCUCAGAUGAGUUGGUCCUGCUCAGAACCAUCCGCUGGAGGAUGCAGCUCGCUAUUGAGGUGGAUCCCAAGAAGCCCCUGGGACAGAGAGCUCGCCUUAUGGAUCAUCUUACUCAGAAACAGCCAGAGAUCUUGGCUGUGAAUGAACCCAUCCCACCCAAUGCCUUGGUCAAACCUAAUGCCAACAAUGCCCAAGUGCUAAUUUGGAGACCUACACAAGGGGAGUCGGUUGUGGUUAUCCCCCCAAAGUACUGAAUGGAGUGGAAAAAAGAAAACUUAGACUUAAACGUCUUAUCUUCCUGUUCUUACAGAACCUCAAGCAGAAUGUUUUAUUUAUUUCAUUGUUUUAUUGGAUGUUUAGACAUGAAAGUGUGGCCUCAGAAAAACAGCAUUAAUGUUUUGCCAUAUGUCCUACAUUUUUUUAUUAUGUUCAGAAUUUUGGACGCAUGCAAUUCUGUGAACAGGAAUUUGUGGUCAUGUUUACAUUAUGUUACACUGGUGAAUAGGGACAAGCAUUUGUCUUGUCAAUGCUGCCAUUGGACUUUAAUUCGAGCAGCCGAAAAAAGAAGAAGAAGAUACUAUAAAACAAAGCAGAAUUUGCAAGUUUAUGUGAAAAGCAUGUGUGCAUUGGUGGGCAAAUUAUAGAUCAUACUCAGGUUAGUGUUGAAUACCAUUUCAGGUUUUCAACAAUGUUCUGUUUUGCAACUCACUAGUAUUUUAUAGUUUUAAACGUUCGAUUAGAUGCAUUAAGACGAAUGGGUGAAAAUGUGUAUGUUUUUUUUUUUGUCUGGGAGGAUAAAAUUCUGUAGAAAAGACUCUUGA